GAUGGCGGCGGGCAGAUGAUGGGGGAUCGUGUGGCUCUGAUCGCGGCAGCGUGCGUCAUGUGCCGGCGGCGGUGGUAGGAGGUGGAGUAGAAGACAAGGAAAGGGAGAAGGAGAAGGAAUAAAGUAACGCCAAGUGAAGGCAACGUCGGGCGAGAUGGAGGACGUUCACUCCAACGUCAGCGCCGACCUGGAAGUGCGGAAGCUGCAGGAGUUGGUCCGUAAACUGGAGAAGCAGAACGAGCAGCUGAGGACCCGCUCCACCAUCCUGAGCCCCAAGCACACGGCGCUGGCACCUGCCCCCGCCGCCCUGGCCCCGGCCGGCAAUUCGUGGCAGCCGCUCCUCGGCUGCUGCCCCAGCCCGGCCCCGACUGUGGAAGGGGAGGCGCCGUCGCAACUCACGCAACGGGGAGGAGCCGUGACCCAGUCGCCGGGAUCCUGCGGCCUCCCGGGCUGGGAGGAGAGCCCCGAGCUGCCCGAGCUCACCGUGUUGGACGAGGUGGACACGUUGGACCUGGAGACAAUGAGUGUGAAGGAUGAUGGCGAGCAGGACGAGGACAGCUGGUUAUACACAUCACCAAAGAGGUUACCAACACCAAUUCAAAAAUCUUCUAGCCCCUUACAAUGGUGCAGGCAAGUGUUGGAUCACCCAAGCUCAGAUAUUGAUACAGCAAAAAGGUCAUUGUUGCAUAGACUUGAUCAAACAAUGGCAGAUUGCAAAAGGCGCAGUCUAUUUGGUAACUCUUAUUACCCUGCUAAUUACCCAAGUCCCUUCAGUCCAAGUGGAAGCAAUAGUCCUUUUGGCAGUGGUUUCAGUUCCCCGUCCUCCACACCAGUCCGAACAACUUCACAUGUGAAACAGUUGGUAAUGCCUGCGACUACAGGUCAUUUUAAAGGUUCUACAGACCAAAAUGCCCUAAUUAGCCCCCCUUCAUCUGUGGAUAGUGAGCUAAGUGCUUCUGAAGUAGAUGACGACUCGUUGGGAUCUGGCUACAAGCUUGCUGACGUCACAGACGUGCAAAUCUUAGCUCGUAUGCAGGAAGAGAGUCUUAGACAGGAGUAUGCAGCAAGUACUUCAAGACGUAGUUCUGGUUCGUCUUGCCAUUCAACAAGACGAGGUACAUUCAGUGAUCAGGAGUUUGAUGUUCAGAGUCUAGAAGAUGAAGAAGAUUGCGCUCCUCAAGCUUUGCACCCGCCGCUAAACCGUUUCACUCCGUCUCCACGGCACACCCCUCGAGCUUCACCCCGGCAUUCACCCAGGAAUUCUCCACGCUCACGCUCUCCUGCACGAAGUCUGGAUUAUGGGAGGGCAUCUGUCUCCCCACAACCCAUGAUCAGUCGCCUGCAACAACCACGUCUAUCUCUACAAGGGCAUGCAUCAGACCUCCAAUGUAAUAUCAUAAAAAAUGAAGAAAAGUUAAGACGCAGUCUUCCAAAUCUAUCCAGGGCAUCUAAUAUCCAGUCACCAGAAUCUGUUAAAAACAGUAGAAGUUGUGAUUCGAAUUUACAAGUGCCAAAUGGGGGUGUACCACGUAUUCAGCAACAAGCUUCAGCGAUACCUUCUCCAUGUAAACUCCGACUUCCAACCACACCAUCACCAUUAUCUCUUCGACAGCCACUGAAAGCGAUGGUCAAUCCAGCGCCUGCCUCUGCAGGCUCCGCAACCAGUCAUAAUAGCUCUGCAACUGGGCCGUCUGCUCAGUCUCUCGGCUCGCCAAAUCACAGUCCUUCAAGUGGCAUUCCAACGAAUAAAGGUCAGAGUGCGGGGAUUCGCAGUGGCUUGCCGCGACCUAAUGCCUCUGCUGGAGGGGGAUCAUCAGUGCCUCGGAGUAAGCUUGCACAGCCUGUUAGAAGAUCAUUGCCAGUCCCGAAGACGUAUGGCAGCAUGAGAGAUGAAAGCUGGAAAGAUGGUUGCUAUUGAAUUAAAUACUCAGAACAGUCUCAAGCUCAUUUCACGAACGUUCAUGGAACAAAAGGACUUGUAUAGACUGUUCAUGGAAAUAUAGCAGGAUUUGAGAAAAUCCAGUUCUCUGCCAUAAAUCAGCACAAGUUGGUGGAGAUCAUGGAGUAGCACUUUAUUGACAUUAAACAUCAGUUUUUACUUCAGUUUUUCCAUGUACAAUCAGUUUUUUCCAUAACUAUGUCCAUUGUUUUGAUGCUAGUGAGCAGAUGAUAUUGACAUUUAAGACAUAAUAAAAGUCUGGACACAAUCCCAAAAAAUGCCAAAGAAAAAGCUUACAACAACCAGUGCUGGGGAAAAAUGGAUAAUUAACGUAGAGUCUUUUGAAAGAUUAAGUAAAGUGGACUAUUUGUGGACGCCUGUUUUUGUACAAUCAGAUGUAGCAGUGGCAGAUUUUGUAUUCGGGAAGGAAGGAAGGGACAAUUCCAGCAUCACGUAGAACAGAUCUACAGUCACGGUGAUUCGUAGUCCAAUGCACUCUGAUUUAGUUUCAGCACCAAAAAAAUCAUCAUCUUUGCAGUUGUGACCACCUUCAGUGAUAUGUAUUCAAAUUACACAGUCUUUUUAUUUUGUUGAGUACAAUUUUGGGUGCGAGGGGAAUGCAAUUUUAAUUUGUGACGACUUGCAAUAAUAUCCCAACAAUGACAUGUCACCCUUGGUGUAAAGAUGCUGAUUAUUAAUUGUGACCGUAAAAUAUUUUAAAAGAAACCAGUAUUUUUUUCUAAAAGGUGGUAUGUAUUAGAAAGAUGACUUAUGAUCUGUCCGUGAUCACUGGAGUUGUGUUCCAUUGUACAUUGCAACUGACUGAAACUUUCAACCUAUGGCUUGUGAGAAAAAGCAUGUUGUAACCUAAAUGGUGCUCUGUACAGACAAAACUGUGGAUAAGUGGCUAAAAGUUGAGUAUAUAUUGUAAGUGAGACACUUUGUUUAAGUCUUUGCCCACACUAAGAAAAUGUAUCCAUCAAAGUGAACACAUUUGAAUGUGCAUAUCUAUUUCAAUGUCCAUUUUUAUGAAGUGACUUUUAUUCUAACUUGCCAAAGGGCUUGGUGUUAAGCAGGUUUUACACAAUUUUGUUUGUCAAAUUGUACAGCACUGGCUCAGGAAAGAGUGGUGUAAAUGUGCAGCCAAGUUUUCACCAAUCAGCACAUAAUAGGAUUAGUUCAUUUUUAUGACUUGUUUCUUUAUAAGAUAUGUAGUGAAAACUUAGUCCAUUCAAAUUGUAAUCUGAUCAUACCACAGUGCUUAUAAAAAUGCAACAUAAUUCUAUCUAAACUAUGCACUGGUUAUCCUGUUAUAUAAAUAAACUUGCUUCGAGCUGUUCAAUAAAUACUGAAGCCUGGUAGGUACUAUAUUCAGUAAUUACCAUUUAAGAAGUCACUACACGUGUGUAUUCUUAUGAAAAUUUGAGUUUACAUUUAAAUAUAUUUGCAUACUACUGCAGGGAGCUGUGUGUUUAUUAUUUUGAGUGAUGCUGUGGAACAAUUUAAUUUGAUCGUAUAGUCAAUCACCAGAGUCCAUUGUUUAAUUAUUUCAAAAAGAGUGUAUGGUGAUACAUGAGCUGGAAGCAGUUCAUGCAAUUUCAGAAGAAAGCGUUCUUUCCUAGUGGCCAUAUUCCUGGCGUUGGAGCCUUGGUAAAUAAAUAAUGGUGUGAUGAAUGUGAAGUGAUCGAGUUGGCCAGGAAUAUAUGAACACAAUGCUUAGGGAUGAACAAUGUGGAUGAGAUGUAUGUGAAGUGAUGGGUGAGCACACAGUGAAUAGAAUGAUAAGUCUACAUAGAUAGUUGAACAUGAGAUACAUGUACAGUUCAUGUGUGGUGAACAUAUGCCAUGUGUGCAAGUAGCGAGAGUUAAAUGAUUUUGUUUUUUUGUUUACUCAUUUGAAAGACCAGGUGAAGUAACCUGUUGUCUCAGUUUUACAUUCGGCAAAAGCAGAGAAUACUCUCAUUCAUUUGAACAUAAUUGUGUUACAUGCAAAAAAAUCUGAAUGUAAUACGAUAAACAUUAGUUAGGUUUUUUUUGUGCAGGUAUGUGUUUAAACAUUUUCCACUGAGAAGUUGCCUAAAGGAGAAUUAUAUUUAUUUUAUUUGAGUUAUCUUUCAAUAUCUUAAGCUCUCAAGAGAAUGAGCAGUUUAAUUUCAAAAUUUUGCUUUUAAACAGGUGUGAAAUACAUGUUGUGAAGUAAGCAAUCUCCUUAGAAUGGAUGUUUGGUUUAGUCAUUUCCACAGGAGAUAUAUAAUACUUGAAAAUGAUGAAUAUCAUAGACAAAACCCUUUAAGCAGGAAGGAUCCAGUGGACAGCAAGAGGGAAUGAUGGAAACCGUAUUUCAUUCUAAGCUAUAAGAUUCCUUUCACGUGAUGACAAUGAACACUGACAGUACACAAUAGUGGGAUUCCUUUGGUAUUUAAUAACUUCUUUGAAAAAAGACAUGAAUAAUACACAAACAUUCGCACGCUGCAGCACUGCGACAGUUGGACACAAAUGAAACCUCACUGAAACCUUAAGAAUAAAUUGAAUAAAAUUAAAAGCAUCUGUUUCUCCGCAUGAGACAAAAACGAUCAGAAAUUUGACACUCAAACAGCACUGAGCUCUUGUGGGCAAAAUAGACUUGCUUACACUGAAAAAUGAAUUAAUUUUGUAUUAAACAAAAUAGUGCCUAUAAUUUAAAUUUAUUUUUGAGGUUAUUAUAAUGUUGAUUGUUGAAUGCGAGUUAAUUUUUGGUGCCAAUAUCUUGGAGUAAUCAUACUCAGUGUAAAUAAAUGGUAAUGUAUUGCUUUCUAUAUUUAAUUUUUGCUUUGCCAUAUAACUUUUGUAAAUGUUAAUGCACUUGUUUUGAAAAGAUGCAAGAAUCACCUUGUUUAAAAAAAAUAAAUAAACAUUUCUUGACAUUGGAGAAGU